GUUCGGUGCUGGGAUGGGACUCAGCCUUGAGGCUUCUGCCCUCACAUUGUCAUCUACCGCCGCAGGGGAAAUGUCUGCAAGAUGGAAGGCGCUGUGGGCAGCUGGGAUUGCCACCGGGUCCUGGCUUUCUUCUGGAGAGACACCUUUAACCCAGAAACCAUCUCCAGUGCCCGCGUGCUCCUGACGGGUGCCAGCACUGGGAUCGGAGAGCAGAUGGCUUAUCACUAUUCCAGAUCUGGUGCCGAAAUAGUGCUGACAGCCAGGAGGGAGGCUGUGCUGCAGAAGGUGAUGGAGAAAUGUCUGCAGCUGGGAGCCAAGAAGGUCUUCUACAUCCUGGCUGAUAUGUCCUCCCCUGCGGAGCCCGAGCGGGUGAUGCAGUUUGCUGUGCAAAAGAUGGGGGGCCUGGAUUACCUGGUGCUGAACCACGCUGAUGUGCGACCCCUUUCCAGAUGUGGGAUGGGGAUGUGGAGCAUACCCACUGGCUUCUGCAGGUGGGUUUUCUCAGGGUAGGGGCCCUUUGGGGGUGGAG